AUGGCCAUGGGCAAUGCUGGCCCCAUCUCGGGCCUCCUGAUGGGCUCUGGUCCUUCCUUUGCAGAUGACACGGCCCAGGUCACGUCUGACUAUGACACCAACAACAACAGCGACAGCAGCGACAUUGUCCAGAACGAAGAGGAGGCGGGGGUCCCCAGGGAGCCCCCCAGAGAGGCCGCGGCCCGGGGCAGCCCCUUCCCUGCAGAGGCCAUGCUGUUCCUGGACAAACCGAUUCUUGCCCCUGAGCCUCUCAUCAUGGAUAAUCUGGGUUCAAUAAUGGACCAGCUAAACACCUGGAAUUUCCCCAUUUUUGACUUAGUGGAAAAUAUAGGAAGAAAAUGCAGCCGUAUUCUCAGCCAGGUCUCCUACAGACUUUUUGAAGACAUGGGCCUCUUCGAAGCCUUUAAGAUUCCAGUGAGAGAAUUCAUGAAUUAUUUUCACGCGUUGGAGAUUGGAUACCGAGACAUUCCUUAUCACAACCGAGUUCAUGCUACAGAUGUGCUGCAUGCAGUGUGGUACCUGACCACGCAGCCCAUCCCCGGCCUGGCCACGGUGCUCAGCGACCACAGUGCGCCUGGUGAUGCAGCUUGGGGAGAGAGCGCCCUCUUCCGGUUAACGAGAAAGAACAACGCGGUGCUGUACAACGACCGGUCGGUGCUGGAGAACCACCAUGCUGCGGCUGCCUGGAGUCUUUUCAUGUCCCGGCCCGAGUACAACUUCCUGGCCAACCUGGAUCACGUGGAAUUCAAACACUUCCGCUUCCUUGUCAUCGAAGCCAUUUUGGCCACUGACCUGAAGAAGCACUUCGACUUCGUAGCCAAGUUUAACGCCAAGGUGAACAACGACGUGGGGAUCGAUUGGACCGACGAGAACGACCGGCUGCUGGUGUGCCAGAUGUGCAUCAAGCUGGCCGACAUCAACGGGCCGGCCAAGUGCAAAGAGCUCCACCUGCAGUGGACGCAGGGCAUCGUCAAUGAGUUCUACGAGCAGGCCACGCCCCCAGGCCACACCUCCAUUUAG